AUGACAGAUGCUGCAGCGCGAGAUGCAUACACGGCCUACGGCGUGGACUUGAUUCGGACUGCAGGGCUGCUUCUGCGAACCACUCCCUCCACAAUUUACCGCGCCUCCAUUCUCUUCCAGCGCUUCGAGGCAUCCGUAGAGACCCACUUCCGCUCUCAGUACAUUGGCGCACUCGAUAUGCCUGCUUAUCGAAAUUGCCUUAGCGAGGAUCUCAAGCGUGCGCAGCUCGAGUUGCUUGCCGCCUCAUCGUCCAGCAGCAAUCCAUCCAUUACGGACAAGACAGGUGACGCUUCAAGCAAACAUGCGCACCCUGUCGGCGUCGAGUAUCUGGUGCCAAACCACGUGCAGCUCAAGAUGCGCACCGGUCUCGUGCCUUUGGUCGACCUGCACGCCCCGCUCGACUACUGCAUUCAUCAUUUAUCGGAUCAAGAUGACAUUAUGUACCUUGUAGCGGCAUGCUUGCUCAUCGCAACCAAGAUGGAGGACCCAUCAAUACGCAUUCGAGCCGUGGUGAACGUCUGUAUGCGGCUGAGCCUCCGCCGCAGCGGCACACCUGUAAAUGACCAGGUCAAGCCCUCUCUGCUACGCUACGAAGACUUCAAGGCCUGCGUGGUAGAGGCGGAGGAGGUUGUCCUGCACCAGCUCGGCUUCCAGACGUUUGUUGAGAGCCCAUACAAGUACGUUCUACUGUACUUGAAUCUCCUGUUGGAACCUGCGAGCGAGGAAACCCACAGCGACAUCAGCGGUGACGGUAGCACUGCAGUAAAUGGUGCGACUUGUCCAAGCGUUGCCACCGUAGCAAAAGUUGCACGACCGCCCGCAGCCCUCACGCAGUGGAUGAUAAGUGCGGUGCGGGUCGUGAACGACCUCCCGCGAUGCCGCCGCCUUCUCGCUGUCCCUGCCGACGCGCUUGCCAUCUACGCCAUACAGCAGUCGUGCCCGUCGGACCUCACACUUCCCGACAAGUGGUCCAGAGCGUUUGGGGUAAGUGAACGCCUUCUCAAAGCCAUCUCGUACCGAUACGGCGUGUACAGCAGUAGCAGUGCUGGAAGUCGACGUGCGACAGCGGCCUUGGCAGAUGCGCGAGCCUUUAGCACGAUUCCGCUGUACCGCACGGUUGCGGAGUGCGAUCAGUACAACCUUGCCAUGAAGCAGCUGAAGGCGGCUCGAGAAGCAACCACAGAGGCGAGCGCCAAAGACGCGUUUAGUGUGUCACCCGCUCCAUCGCCGUCCCCCUCUGACUCUGCAGGUCCGCUGCCCGCAUCCUUUGCUAGCCCGGCGAGCAUCGAAGAGCUGCGCAAUCUGAUUGGCGCCUCCUUUCCUUCUGACGACAUCCAUGACACGUCGCGACGCCGACCGCGUCAAAGUGACGACGAGAACAUCCUCGUGCGGAAAUCCAAGCACGAAAAGCGACACCACCGGCGCCAUAACGACACCCGAGAGUCGCGGAAGCGUCGCCACCACCACAAGUGA